CCAAUGAGAGAGCUGCAGAUAGACCGAAAAAAAAAAGAGGAAAUAGGUUUGUUAUGGAGUGUAGCAGCUAGCUGUGCAACCGGAGUGUAAAUACGCGGCUGUGCCUGGGAUAUGCACAGCUGAUACCGCGCCCCUCUCUCGGCUCUCUCCCUGCUUCGGAUAAGGCAUGCGAUACGGAAGGCAAGCAUUCUGCAAAAUGGAGAAGAGAAAAUAACCCAGACGCAGAGAAGCACCGGCUGAUUCAUUGAGGGAAUGGCCUUUCUGGACAACCCGGCCAUCAUCCUGGCCCACAUCCGGCAGUCACACGUGACGAGCGACGACACGGGCAUGUGCGAGAUGGUGCUGAUUGACCACGACGUGGACCUGGAGAAGUGUCUGCCUUCCUCGGUGACGGGCAGCGCUGGCUCGGACACGCAGGGCGUGGACACUCAGGGCUGCGACCUCUCCCAGUCCGUCGACAUUACCUCAAGCUGGGACUUCGGGAUCCGCAGACGAUCAAACACGGCUCAAAGACUCGAAAGGCUUAGAAAAGAGAGACAGAACCAGAUUAAAUGCAAAAACAUCCAGUGGAAGGAAAGGAACACUUCACAAUCAGUAGAGGACAUGGGCGCGCUGUUUGAGAAGAAGGACUUCAAGGACAGGCCAGCGGGUUGCGGGAAGCCGUCAACGCUGUCUCUGCGACUGGAACAGUGCCCGCAGCAGCUCAACAACCCUUUCAACGAGUAUUCCAAAUUCGACGGCAAGGUGUUUCCAGAAGGGUUUCACACCUCUUCAGGGACUGUUUCUGUUUUAACAGCAGCCGGGAAUCCUUCAGACCCAGAGAUGAGAAAGCGAACUCAGAACAAGCACGGAUUCACCCCAGGGCUGCCUCAUGAGCUCAUGAGGAGCUUGUUUUGGGAAAGGCUGAGAAAGCGUGCCAUGGUGAUUGGUGGAGUGACCGCGAGAGCUGGAACGCCGGCCCGGUGGAAGUCGGUUUCUCGUUCUGGAGCACGCAGUGAAUUUAAUCCUCCUGUUUUAUUUUUGUCCUCUCUCUUCAUCUCAGGUCCCCAGUAUCGUCUGGAGAAGCAGAGUGAGCCUAACGUGGCUGUAGAUUUAGAAUGUACCUUGGAGAGACAAAGCACGCUAGAGUUCUGCCUGGUCAGAGAAAACAGUACCCGUGGAGAGGAGAGCUCAGAAGAGGACCCUCCUAUUGAUAUAACCACAGUGCAGGACAUGCUGAGCAGUCACCACUACAAGUCCUUCAAAAUCAGCAUGAUCCACAAGCUGCGCUUCACCACUGACGUGCAGCUAGGUAUCUCUGGAGAGAAGGUGGAGAUAGACCCUGUUACUAAUCAGAAGGCCAGCACCAAGUUUUGGAUCAGGCAGAAACCCAUUUCAAUCGACUCUGACCUCCUCUGCGCCUGUGACCUUGUGGAAGAGAAGAGCCCGAGUCAUGCAAUAUUUAAACUGACAUAUCUCAGCAGCCAUGACUACAAACCUCUCUACUUUGAAUCCGAUGCUGCUACCAUCAACGAAAUAGUGCUGAAGGUGAACUACAUUCUGGAAUCGCGUGCCAGCACAUCUCGGGCAGACUACUUCGCUCAGAAACAACGGAAGCUGAGUCGGAGGACAAGCUUCAGCUUCCAGAAGGAGAAGAAAUCGGGGCAGCAGUGACACCCCCCACACACGGCCAAGACCGGGACCUGUCCAGACAGGAGGAGGCAGAGGGAAAUCCAGGGUCCCACAGUCAGAGCGAGAGAGCGACCGACUGGCCGACCCUCCCACCCCUCUUUAGCAGAGCUGUGACGAGCCCGCAGAUGAAGCCCUCGCCGUGUUGAUGCAACGCAUGCCCGGGGGCUCUAGCCAUAUCGGAGAGUAACGGACAACUUUCUUUUAGUAAAGAAAAACAAGCUGUUAGGACCCCUUUCCUGAGAUUUGAAGGGAAGGGUGUUUUGUUUUUUUUAAUACCCAUCCUUCUCUUGAAGAAUCAAGGCAAAGGUAAUUUCUUAUUUGCUUGAACCUUACAGACACAGUGCUUACCCACUGCCUGCAGACAAAUUGUACAUAAAUAUGUUCCGGACAUCAGAAGAGGUAAUGUGACAAGGAGGAGGGGAGGGGGGGAGGGGGGUAUUGGUAUUUAAGGAGUAAGCUUUAUCUUUCUGUAACGCACAAGGAACAGCCUUGGGUGUUUUUUGUUAUUUUUUGUAUUUGUACAUAGCAAAAUCACAUUCAGGUUAAAAUUUAAAUAAUCCGACAAACCUACUCUGGCCAUAGUAACUUCAGUGCCUAUACUGUGGAGUUGUAGUGUGUGUGGGUGUGUGUGUUAGUAAAGACUGUAAAUGCUUCUUCCUAAAUGCAGCUAGCGACAAGGAAGAGACACAAUACCAAACUUUAGAGCUUUGAUAAAGAUUCCACCUUAAUACUGCAUGGAAACCACCUCCUUCUUCUUCUUCUUCUUCUUCUUGACUGGUUAAAUAAAGCAUUUUUAUGACCAGAGAAUGAAAUAAAUCCUGUAAUUUUUACUGUGACCUUUACAUGUUUCAGCACUGUAUUUGCCGACUGUCCUACAAUGCAAAUGAAAAACACACUCUUCAUUCAACAGGACAACUUGAGUAUUUUGUUCGGACUGUCGUUUCAAGGGCAGUUCGGGAUUGUAGAUAUUUUUACAAGCUUUUUUUUUUUUAUAUAAAAUCUUUCCAUUUCCAGACUUC